GAUGCUUAACUGCUGAGCCAUGCUGGCUGGGUAGGGCUUUUGUAUUUUGUUGAAAUACAUCAUCAUGUAGUGCCCUAAGAAACAGUAUAUAGGAAGUAAACUCUUUCAGUCCUUGAAUGCCAAGAAAAAUCUAUAUUCUUCCUUAAUAGUUUAGCUGGGUACAGAAUUCUAUAUUAAUAAUCAUUUUCCCUUGAAUUUUCAAGACAGCCUGUUAUCUUCUAGCCACUAGUGUUAUCACUAAGAGACUGAUUUACAUUUAGUUGUGUGUAGGUGACCUAUUUUUCUUCCCUGGAGACUUAAAGGAUCUUUUUUUUUUGUCGUGAGAUGUUGUGAAAUGCUGCAUGUCUGUUGGCAUGGUUCUUUCAUUCUGCUUUGCACUGUGUAGGGCCUUUGAAUUUGAAAAAUUUGUACUUCCCUUUAAAUGUGGGAAAUUUUAUUUCUUAAUUUCUUUCAUUGCUUUUUUCUUUUCUCUCUAGAAUUCCUUCUAGUUGAAUAUUGGACCUCUUAGAUUUAUCUUCUUUUAUAGUUUUCAUAUCUUAUCUGUAUCCCUCAACUUUAUCUUCUAACUAGCAUAAAGUUCUUGUUAUAUGGAUACACAUUAGAGUUUUUGAGAAUUCUUUUCUUGUUACCUUGAAAAAUGUUUGAUUCCCACAGGCUCAUUCUUGGUGUGUUGUUUUGUUUUGUUUUUAUGCAAUUUAAAUAUGUGAUAAUUUUGGCUGUCUAUUUUGGUAAGCACUUCUAGCCGGCUUCACUUUUUAGUAAGCAGGUAGAUUUAACGUCUGGGUUAAAUCCAAGAAUAUAAAGUGUUUUUACUCUUUAAUAUUCCCUGAAACAUUUCUUUUCCUCUUUUUUCUUCCGAGAGAAAUAUCCUUCCAUUUUAUGUCUGAUUUUUCAAUUAUUUCUUAACCUUUUUUACCUAUUUUUUAAUGUUUCUUUUAUUAUUUAUUAUUUAGUUUGUCCUGGUUAAAAACUGACUGAGGCUGGUUAGAUUUAAUUUAUUCACAAAGGGUAUUAUCUAAAUAGAAGCUUCCACUCUACUGGAUGCUUAGUAAAUGAAAGUCUUCUCAUAUUUCACAAAUUAUUUUUAAGGCAUAACAUUUGGGUUAUUUACUUUAUUUGGGUUAUCCUGCUUUAUUUAAGAAAUAAUUUAAAGAUAGUAAGUCUUACAUUUUAUGUAGGGGUAUAAUUUAACACCUUUUAUUCUAUUCAGAGCUAGGCAAAAACCUUGAUUUGAACUAUUUCCACUUAAGACAAAUUUUACUUAAAUUAAUUUGAACUUUAUUUGACCUGAAUUUUUUUAAAUUAACUUUAGACUUAAUCACUGGAUACUUAAUUGAAUUGGUAUAGUCCAGUCUGGUCAUCUAUGUCACAUAAAGGACAAUAAAGGACAAUUUUCUAAGGAUAUUUGAAACUGAAAGAGAAAUUCCCAAAUGGGUUUAAGACAAUACUCUGAGAGUCUUUAUUCUGAACAGCAAGUAGUCAGCUACCCUAGCCUUGACCCCCUGGAAACUGGGACUGGAUCAUCAUUGUUCGUGAUGCUUUUGGUGGAGGAUAUUGUCAGCACAGAUGAUGGGUACGGACCUGACUGUACAGAGCAGAGUUCGGUUAAGCAGCCUUAGAGAUGUAUAUGGUAAUUGCUAAGUGCACUGGCAUCUUUUUAUAUGGUUUCUUGGAAGGAUGACUGUAAAAUUUAUUGUUCAUACUGAGACACUGAGAGUGAGAAUACUAUUAAUAAUUAUGCUGGGGCAGUGGCCAUAAACCAGAGCAUAUGGUCAUCCCAUCGUGAGUCGCAUGGGCUUUUAAGUGUGUAAGAGACAGUAUAAGUGAAAUUGCCUGGUUGACUUGGCAUUCCUAUUCUAUUCGUACCCUGCUUUUUAUACAAAAGGACACAUUUUGGGGCGAAAGAAAUGUGACAGGUACUUGAUCAAUAGCAGUGGGGAUGAAUGGAAAUAAUAUCGGAAUCCAGGAUUAUCUGAAUUUUUACAGAACCAAAACCCCUUUUAUGUAUGCAGUGUAGGUCUGAAUGUGUGGAAUCUUAUCAGUAAAUGUUAAAUACAAGUUUCACAGAACUGCUGUAUUUAUAUUUUAAAUAUAAUUCUUUUUCCUAGCUCUAGGAAUUUUCAAGAAGCAUAAUAUGUUACUGACAUUUUUUCUUAAGAAUGUGUAAUUAUCCAUAGAAAAUGUCAAUCCCAAACCAGUUUCCCGUUAUUACAAUUUAAACUUACCUUUUCCUGUCUUAUAAUUGGCAUAUAUGUAGCAAAUGUUAGCUAAUUUUAAUAUCAAAUAAUAUCAAUAUGAAAAACCUCAUCCAAAUAGAAAUGAGUUUCUUUGGACUGUUCUAAGUUUUUGUUUUUUUUUCUUUUUCAUAUUGGGCUGAAUUCUGCCACCCUUCCAUCCAUUGGUUCUAGUUCUGUUCUCUGGAGCAGCAUGGACCAGCAGCCAGCUUCGGGUGUAGCCUACUCGCAUCCAACUACAGUUGCUAGCUACACUGUCCAUCAGGCUCCAGUAGCUGCUCACACAGUUACUGCUGCCUAUGCACCAGCAGCUGCCACAGUUGCAGUUGCCAGGCCUGCUCCUGUAGCUGUUGCAGCUGCUGCAACAGCUGCUGCUUAUGGAGGCUACCCCACUGCACACACAGCAACAGAUUAUGGUUAUACCCAGAGACAACAAGAAGCACCCCCGCCCCCACCGCCAGCUACUACACAAAACUACCAGGACUCGUACUCAUAUGUAAGAUCCACAGCUCCUGCUGUAGCUUACGAUAGUAAGCAGUACUACCAACAACCAACAGCAACUGCUGCUGCUGUAGCUGCUGCUGCCCAGCCUCAGCCUUCUGUUGCUGAAACCUACUAUCAGACAGCCCCCAAAGCAGGUUAUAGCCAAGGUGCAACUCAGUAUACACAAGCCCAGCAAACUCGACAAGUGACAGCCAUAAAACCAGCGACACCAAGUCCAGCUACCACUACUUUCUCCAUUUAUCCUGUAUCUUCUACCGUACAGCCAGUAGCAGCUGCAGCUACUGUGGUGCCAUCCUACACCCAGAGUGCUACUUACAGUACCACAGCAGUUACUUAUUCUGGUACAUCUUAUUCAGGUUAUGAAGCAGCAGUGUAUUCAGCUGCAUCCUCCUACUACCAACAGCAGCAGCAGCAACAGAAGCAGGCAGCAGCAGCAGCUGCUGCUGCUGCCGCAACAGCUGCCUGGACAGGGACCACCUUUACUAAAAAAGCACCAUUCCAAAAUAAGCAACUGAAACCAAAACAGCCUCCCAAACCACCCCAGAUUCACUAUUGCGAUGUUUGUAAGAUCAGCUGUGCUGGACCACAGACUUACAAAGAACAUUUAGAAGGACAGAAACAUAAAAAAAAAGAAGCCGCAUUGAAAGCCUCACAAAAUACCAGCAGCAGCAACAACUCUACUCGUGGGACUCAAAAUCAGUUACGUUGUGAGCUCUGUGAUGUGUCUUGUACAGGAGCAGAUGCAUAUGCUGCCCACAUUCGUGGUGCUAAGCAUCAGAAAGUGGUUAAAUUACACACAAAACUUGGUAAACCCAUUCCUUCAACAGAACCAAAUGUUGUUAGCCAAGCUACUGCUUCAACAGCUGUGUCUGUUUCAAAACCGACUGCCUCUCCUUCAAGCAUUGCAGCAAGCAAUUGUACUGUGAAUACUUCAUCAAUUGCAACUUCCUCAGUGAAAGGUCUUACAACUACAGGAAAUUCAUCUCUUAAUAGCACAUCCAACACUAAAGUAUCAGCAGUGCCUACAAGUAUGGCUGCCAAGAAGACAUCUACACCCAAAAUAAACUUUGUUGGUGGUAAUAAGCUGCAAUCAACAGGAAAUAAAACAGAAGACUUAAAAGGAACUGAAUGUAUUAAAAGCACUCCUGUCACUUCUGUACAGAUUCCAGAAGUAAAGCCAGACACAGUGUCAGAAUCAGUCACACCUGCAUCUCUUGCCGCUUUGCAGAGUGAUGUGCAGCCAGUGGGCCAUGAUUACGUGGAGGAGGUACGAAAUGAUGAGGGAAAAGUAAUUCGAUUCCAUUGUAAAUUAUGCGAGUGCAGCUUUAAUGAUCCCAAUGCUAAGGAAAUGCACUUAAAAGGGCGAAGACACAGACUUCAAUACAAAAAAAAAGUCAAUCCAGAUUUGCAAGUAGAAGUAAAGCCCAGUAUUCGAGCAAGAAAGAUUCAAGAAGAGAAAAUGAGGAAGCAAAUGCAGAAGGAGGAGUAUUGGCGAAGACGAGAAGAAGAAGAACGCUGGAGAAUGGAAAUGAGACGCUAUGAAGAGGACAUGUACUGGAGAAGGAUGGAGGAAGAGCAGCACCACUGGGACGAUCGCCGCCGAAUGCCCGACGGUGGCUAUCCUCACGGUCCCCCUGGCCCGCUAGGCCUCCUCGGAGUCCGACCAGGCAUGCCGCCUCAGCCACAGGGGCCUGCACCUUUACGUCGUCCUGACUCAUCCGAUGACCGUUAUGUAAUGACAAAACAUGCAACCAUUUACCCAACUGAAGAGGAAUUACAGGCAGUUCAGAAAAUUGUUUCUAUCACUGAACGUGCUUUAAAACUUGUUUCAGACAGUUUGUCUGAACAUGAGAAGAGCAAGAGCAAAGAGGGAGAUGAUAAAAAAGAGGGAGGUAAAGACAGAGCUUUAAAAGGAGUUUUGCGUGUGGGAGUAUUGGCAAAAGGAUUACUUCUCCGAGGAGAUAGAAAUGUCAACCUUGUUUUGCUAUGCUCAGAGAAACCUUCAAAGACAUUAUUAAGCCGUAUUGCAGAAAACCUACCUAAACAGCUUGCGGUUAUAAGUCCUGAGAAGUAUGACAUAAAAUGCGCUGUGUCUGAAGCGGCAAUAAUUUUGAAUUCAUGUGUGGAACCCAAAAUGCAAGUCACUAUCACCCUAACAUCUCCAAUUAUUCGAGAAGAGAACAUGAGGGAAGGAGAUGUAACCUCGGGUAUGGUGAAAGACCCACCGGACGUCUUGGACAGGCAAAAAUGCCUUGACGCUCUGGCUGCUCUACGCCACGCUAAGUGGUUCCAGGCUAGAGCUAAUGGUCUGCAAUCCUGUGUGAUUAUCAUACGUAUUCUCCGGGACCUUUGUCAGCGAGUUCCAACUUGGUCUGAUUUUCCAAGCUGGGCUAUGGAGUUACUAGUAGAGAAAGCAAUCAGUAGUGCUUCUAGUCCUCAGAGCCCUGGAGAUGCACUAAGAAGAGUGUUUGAGUGCAUUUCUUCAGGAAUUAUUCUGAAAGGUAGUCCUGGACUUCUGGAUCCUUGUGAGAAGGAUCCUUUUGAUACCUUGGCAACAAUGACUGACCAGCAGCGUGAGGACAUCACAUCCAGUGCACAGUUUGCAUUGAGACUCCUUGCAUUCCGCCAGAUACACAAAGUUCUAGGCAUGGACCCAUUACCCCAAAUGAGCCAACGUUUUAACAUCCACAACAACAGGAAACGAAGAAGGGAUAGUGAUGGAGUUGAUGGAUUUGAAGCUGAGGGGAAAAAAGACAAAAAAGAUUAUGAUAACUUUUAAAAAGUUUCUGUAAAUCUGCAGUGUUAAAAAUAAUAGGUGCCCAUUCAUUGGCUGUUUUUCACUCAUAAUAAUGUCUACAAAAAAUUUAUCAAGAAUUUCAUGGGAGAACCAAGUUUUUCUGUGACAUUAAAAUCUUCGUGUACAGUGUUAGGUGUUAUAUGAAUGGAAAGACACCCCCCAAAAAUUGUGCUCCAACUAGGGGGGAAACAAUGGUUCAGAUUUCCCCCCCAUUAUUUUGGUUUUAUUUACUCAUUGCCCUAGUUCCUCCUAUUUUUGUGUCUUUUAUUAAUUAGUCUUAUUAAAUCUUUACUGUAUUUAAUGCAGUAUUUGUGCUUCAGUUGCUAUGUGUAUUUUGAGAUUUUAUUUAGAGGUUUUGUUUGUUUUUUGACACUAGUUGUUUGUGUUAUAGAUGAUAUCCUUUACUCCUUAAUAUUUUAUAGCAGUACAUUUUCUUGUAAUGUGAGGCUGCGGAAUUUUUUCCUUUUAUUUUGUUAUUCUGUAUGUGAUGGAUUACAACUCAAAAAGUUACCCUGCCAUUUAAGUGCUCAGAACUGAAUGUUUCUGCAGAUCUUGUGGCAUUUGUCUCUCUAGUGUGAUAUAUAAAGGUGUAAUUAAGACAGAUUUCUGUUCAUCUAAUCAAGUUUGCUGUUAGUUGUGCAUUAGCAGUAUAAAAGCUAAUAUAUACUAUAUGGUCUUGCAACAGUUUUAAAGCCUCUGCAUAAUUAAUAAAAAUGCAUGACAUUUUUGUUUUUAAUAGACUUUUAAAAUUAUAAUUUUAGGUUUGACACGUAGAUCUUUGUACAGUUGACUUUUUGACAUAGCAAGGCCAAAAAUAACUUUCUGAAUAUUUUUUUCUUCUGCAUAAGUGGAGAGGGCAUUUUUUCAUACUAUAAGUGGGCUAACCAAUAUUUUGAAAAGAACUUUAUCAUUGUGCAACUAACAACAGUAACUAGCCCUUAAUUAUGACGACAGUUCCUUGUUGGUGUGUGUGAGAUUACUCUAGCGACUAUUACAGUGUAACACAAUUGAAUGAUUUCUUCCCCCUGCCCCCAUACCCUAUCACCCAGAUAAUUUACAGUUCUAUUAACAGUGAGAUUGAUAAAAGUAUUACUGAUUUAAAAAAAAUUAAGAUUAUCUAAGGGAAAAAACCCCAGAAAAUUAUUUGGUGUGGCCAUCUUACAUGCUUAUGUGUCCUACGAAAAGCUAAAUAUUCUAGCAGUGGUGUAAUGAAAGUUACACCUUGCUGUUGGUGUGUGUAUGCUCUGGUACACAGUGUCAGUUUGUUGUCACAGCACUACAGUGAAAUACACAAAUAAAAACUUAAAUUCAUAUUAUGACUUAAAUGUAUUAUAUGUUAUAAUUGACAUAAACUACUUUUGCUUUGAAAUGACUUAUGCUCUAGUAAAACCAUAUUUAAAAGUA